AUAAGUACAUCCAUCCAUCCUAUAAGUGUAGAGCUACUCAGAACCCUAUAUAGAAUACAGGAAUAAACAGAGAGCAGCGACAUAAGACUACGCAUAGAUAGCAUAUAGAACCUAUAUAGCCAUAGCGUGCAUGACAUAAAACAUAAAUCGACCUGAUAUAUAGUGGUGGUGGUGGCUUAGGGGAUGGUGCCACGGGACGUUGUCCCUUAGGGGAACUGCAUGCACGAAACAAAUGAGGGCAGGAGGCCGGGCGUUGCACCGAAAGUGCAAACCCGCGCCCCGCGCGGGGUUACAAGGUUUCCCUCGUACCAGCAGCGGGGCAGUGGCAGGCUGCGCGCUCUGCCCUACCUGCCCUGCGUUGUCAAAUGGACACCAGGAGCCUGCCCAGAGCUCUGUCCAGCAAGAAAACCUGAGCUUGGGAAGUCCGGAGUACUGAGGUCGUGCGAGCAACAUCGCUCCGCAUGGCAUGCGUAUCGAGUCUUCGAAACAUAACACCCGCGGAACGAUGGUCGCCGUAUGCAUGAUGUAUGAGCCCGCCCUGCGCAUGACAUAUUACCCCGCCACAGCCCCACUAUGAUCGCCGAGCCGCCGCUGCCGCACUACAUGCGUGGCAG